CUCCGUCACCACCCAAUCACUGAUUGGUCUCUUUGCAUACCAACCAAUCAAUGAUUGGUCUCGCUCAAUGUCAAUAGCAGUGCGGGGGUGGGAAUAGGAAAAUCGAGCCAGUGUUCCAGUUUUCAUCACAGAUGCUAGGUCUGUGUUAUGCAGUCUAAUUAUAAUAACAGAGCCAAUAAAGGAGAGCAAGUGAAAACGCUUUUCCUUUAAAAUAACGCGAGGAUAGCCUAAAACUCCGACAUGUACCUCCGCGUAACGGAUGUGACAUUGUCGGUUCGUGCCUUCACGCUGACUUUAAACACUCGAUUUCUAUUUUGAUAUGGUGGUUGCGUUAUUGUCUCUUAACAUUGCAGCUGCAUAAAACGUCAAUUUUGGUGUGGGUCUGUGCUGUGUUGGAGCAUACUGGGAAAUAAGUAGAUCUCUGUCUCAACCCGCGGUGGCUUGUUGAUCAACACCAAUCGGAUACCUUGGUCUCCCUCCGGUGCAUUGAUGCACCCGUUCCAGUGGUGUAACGGGUGCUUCUGUGGUCUGGGACUGGUCUACUCCAACAAGUCGUGCAGCAUGCCUCCCAUCACCUUCCAGGACCUGCCCCUCAACAUCUACAUGGUCAUCUUCGGCACAGGCAUCUUCGUCUUCAUCCUCAGCCUCAUCUUCUGCUGCUACUUCAUCAGCAAAUUACGACACCAGGCCCAGAGUGAGCGGUUUGGAUACAGAGAGGUCGUUCUAAAAGGAGAUCCCAAAAAGUUAAAUCUCCAUGGGACAUGUGCCGUCUGCUUGGAGGACUUCAAAGUGAAAGAUGAGCUGGGGGUGUUGCCAUGCCAACAUGCCUUCCACAGGAAGUGUCUGGUCAAGUGGCUGGAGGUUCGCUGCGUCUGCCCCAUGUGUAACAAGCCCAUCUCCGGCCCUCCAGAGCAGCACCACAGCAUCGGCACCCUGCUGGAUGAGCUGGUAUAACACACUUCAACCAGGCUUGGGGAGGAGUAGCGUGCCAGGACACACCAGCUAGUGUUUGCUAGCCAUCAACAGGCAGAGAACACUUGUGUUGUAAAACAAACAAAAAAAAUGUGCCCAGCACUACAUGAACGCUAUGGUGAGUCGGGGGUAACCUAGUUACCACUGGAAGAAGAAUGACUCGGAGGGAUGUUGUUGCCAAGCAACCAGCCCUGAGAUGGCGACAUCAUACAUGGUGGUGUCUGAGCGAUUUAACACAAGCCACCCACAUGUCACGCCACAGAAAUGUUCCUUCUACACCCCACUAUAUUCCUAUUUCCAUUUUUAUCCCAUCAGUUCUCUCAACCUAACUCUACGCUCUUGUAUUUUGGUCUAAGUUGGGUGACAGUGAUGCUUUGAAGGACCGGCACCUUUUUCAUGUUUUAUAUGGACUUACGUGGAAACUGUGCGAAGGAAUUACUGACUGAUGGCAUUGCCAUUGAUCUGGAGUGUGGGAGCGUGGCUGCUGAAUUGAGUGCAUCAAUUUGAUGUGAUAACGAUCUUGAUUGUUUACUUGAAAACAACAAAACAAAGUAUUAGUACUCCUUUAGUUUUUAUUUGAAGGGAAUUUGGAAUCAGUGCCAAGUGAAUUUUUCUGGCCCUUCUCGUGUUCUCUCUACAACAACAAAAACGGACAGCACUGAGCCGUCAAGGCAAGCAGGGAUCUAUAUUUAGCCUGCUAAAACAUGAAGAAUUAACUGUGGUUAACGCAAUAGACCAAAGCUAUUCAAACGUCUAACAUUUAGCCAACUCCAAAAUGCUCAAGUUAAAGCUAACAGGUGUUGUUAAAAGCGAUACGUUACCAUUGAUCACUGUUUUACGUGAUUAAAUAAACGGUUAUUGAUUAUCAAUUCAAUAUCCUAUAGGUUCCAUCCGUGGAAGCCGAGGGUAUUAAAAUAAUCACUUGUCUUAUAAACCAACGUUACCGUUCUGUAUUAAAAAGAAGUUGGAUAACCUGUAAUAGGGCCCUGGUUUAAUUUAAUCUAUUUUACAGUUUUUACAGUUCCAGUUCAUUACCUCUGGGAUUUCUCCAACUAAUGAAUCAUGUUUUGGUUUUGUUGUUGUAGCAUUGUUGACUGAAUUUGCAAUACCAUGUUUUCACUUUAUUUUCAGGUGAACUGUGUUGAUGUUUUGUAUGUGUAUCACUCUGAAGUCACUAAAAAGUAACUAAUGCAGUCAUGCUUGUGUUCUCAGUUUAAAAACAUAUUUUCUCGAAGACAUCAGAGCAGCUUCAGAACUGAGGGUGAGGUAAUAACUCUAAAUCCUUAUCCGCUUUAGUUCCAGAAAAUAAGGAUUUCACAAAAGCAUAGCACUUUAGCAGUGUUUUUGGAAAGUGUCUGGGAGGCAAUUAUACUAAACACCACUUUUUUUCACACAGAUAUUUUCAGUGGAAUUAUUGUUGUGUUGGUGUUGCUGUUUCAGCAUUCUCUCAUUGUAAGGUUCCGGUGAAUUACCUGUUUUCAGAAAUUGUACCCAAGUACUGCCUAAAAUUGAGCACAAAUGCCCCAAACAAUGAUCCAGAUUGGCACAUACACUUUAGUUAAUAGUCACAUGUAUAUCUAUUGACCUUUCUGCCAAGAACGUGUUACAUUUUUAAGACAUAAGCGGGUCCAGUCUACAUUCCAUAUUUUGUAAUCUAAAGGCUGUAAAUAUACUGUCAAUUUUGAAAAAUAAUAAAUUCAGUUGUCUGGUAAUCUCAGUCACUCCAGUUUUGUCUUUGUUUUGGCGCCACCAUCAGGUAGGUUGUACAUAAAGUUUCAGUUUUAUUCUGGAAGGACAUCUUAUUGGCUUGUGCUACCGUUAGGUAUUCUAGUUCUAGCAACAGACAUUAUUAUAGUUAACCUGAACACAAUUACCUUAGUUAGAACCCCU